AUGGAGGCUGAGAAGGUAGGGGUCGAGCAUGCGGGAGGCAAGAUUUACGACAUCACUGUUGUUGUCGCCCAAGUUGUGGCUUCUAGUACCUCCUUCACUACAUCAGCUGGCUUAGGUUUCAGUUUUGAACGCACAAAUACAAAGAGAAAAGGAGAAGACUAUAUUAGGUUUAGAAAUUAA